AAUUAUCUUCACAGAAGAAAUUUGAUGAAAUUAAGAAGGCUAAUCAGGCUGCAGCUAAAAAGCUGGUUGAAGACCAGUUUAGCUCCUCAUCUGAAGAUGAUGAUGAAGAUGCUGAAGUAAAACAAGGAAAGAUCUUGGCCAAAACAUUUACCAUUUACACCAGUCAAACUGAUGGAGAUGCAAGCGAACUGGAGCGUACAAGGCAGUACAUGAAUGAAGCUUUUCAGUCGGGGGCUAUGACGUGUCUGAUCUGCAUUGCUUCAGUUAAAAGGAACCAAGCUGUCUGGAGCUGUUGUGGAUGCUUUUGUAUAUUUCACCUGGUGUGUAUCCAAAAGUGGGCCAAGGACAGCCUUUUCCUUGUGUCCUCUCCUUUGACGGACGAUGAUUUUGGGAAGAAGGAUUAUCCCUGGCCAUGUCCAAAAUGUAGGUUCGAAUACAAACGGUCGGAAACUCCCAGUAGGUAUUACUGUUACUGUGGAAAAGUGGAGAAUCCAGCACUGGACCCGUGGCUGGUACCUCACUCCUGUGGUCAGAUAUGUGAGAGGGAAUUCAAACCUCCUUGCGGCCAUAAAUGUUUGCUGCUUUGUCAUCCAGGACCCUGCCCACCCUGCCCAAAGAUGGUCACAACAACCUGUCACUGUAAGAAAGCUAAAGCAGUGCCCCGAAGGUGCAGUGCCAAGGAAUGGUCGUGUCGCCUGCCGUGCGGACGAACAUUGCUGUGUGGACAGCAUGCUUGUGAGAAUUUCUGCCACUCAGGAGAUUGUCAGCCUUGUCCACGAGUCAGUGAACAACGGUGCAUCUGUGGAAGGAAGACAGCAGAAAGACUUUGUGCAAGUCCUCAGUGGCAGUGUGAUCAGGUGUGUGGGAAACCUUUGCCUUGUGGUAGUCACACAUGCGAACGAGUUUGUCAUGCUGGUCCCUGUGGAGACUGUCCUCGUUCUGGGAAAAGGUCCUGUCCAUGUGAGAAAACAAAGUUUACGUUGCCUUGUACAGAAGAUGUGCCCACUUGUGGCGAUAGUUGUGACAAAGUUCUGGACUGUGGCAUCCAUAAAUGUUCACAGCGUUGUCAUCGAGGUCCCUGUGAAAUAUGCAGACAGGAAGUUGAAAAACAGUGUCGCUGUGGAAAGCACACUAAACGCAUGCCAUGUCAUAAGCCAUAUUUGUGUGAAACAAAGUGUACUAAAAUUCGUGAUUGCCAGAAGCACCAGUGUCGAAGAAAGUGCUGUUCUGGAAACUGUCCACCUUGUGAUCAAGUCUGUGGGCGGACUCUAGGCUGCAGAAAUCACAAAUGUCCUUCGGGCUGCCACAGAG